GGGCGGCGGGGCAGGAUGAGCGGCCCGCUGCGCGCCGGCCUGCGCCUGGCCGGGAGCGGCUGGGCGGUGCGGGGCUGGGCCGGGCGGCGGCGGCUGAGCCAGGCGGCGGCCGAGGGCGGCGGGGCCGAGGGAGGCGGCGGCUCGGGGUCGGGCUCGGGCUCGGGGUCGCGGGAGGCGGUGGAGCGUCUGGUGCGGGCGCACCCGGUGGUGGUGUUCAUGAAGGGCAGCCCCGCGCAGCCCCUCUGCGGCUUCAGCAACGCCGUGGUGCAGAUCCUGCGGCUGCACGGCGUGGAGGACUACCGCGCCCACGACGUGCUGCAGGACCCCGACCUCCGCCAAGGAAUAAAAAACUACUCAAACUGGCCCACCAUCCCACAAGUAUACCUCAAUGGUGAAUUCGUUGGUGGCUGUGAUAUACUCCUCCAGAUGCAUCAGAAUGGAGAUCUUGUAGAAGAGCUGAAGAAGUUAGGAAUCCGCUCAGCACUUCUGGAUGCAGAAAAAGACCAAGACAAAAAGUAAAAUGAGUGAAUAAAGAUGCUGUGACAGGAAUAAGGAAAGUCUUCAAUAAGAACUUGUUACCAGUAAAGCCUUAUGUACUUCAGCUCAAAGAAGGCAUCUUUUUGAACUGACACUAAGAUUUAUCAGUGGCUGUCUCUUAGCUCGUGGUAAAUGUAGUGAUCUCAGUAUUUUGGUUUAUGGAUAUUGUUGUGAAAAUUUGAGUAUAACCACUGCACUGUAAGGCAUACAUUUGUGGAAAUCAUGUUUAAAAGCAAGUACACUUCUAAAAACAUUCUCUUGAUUGAGGGCAGGAGUAAACCAAAAUAAUUUUAUUUUUAUGAAUUUUGAGUUUGUUUCUUUGUUCUUUGUUACAUGAACCUAUGCAAACAGUGUUUGCAUUCCCUUGUUCCUUUAAAUAAAAAGUGCGAAGCAGUGGUGCAUCUUCUUUUGUAUAACUCCUGAUAAGACUUCCUGAGAGCUUGUAAAAUUUAUCUUGUAUGAUAUAGGAGGAAACAGUCUUCAAACAAUAUAGUAGAAAAGAUGAUAUGAGAGUGCAUGAAAUAUACUUUUAUUCUAAAGGGUAAAAAAUAAACAUACUAGUACAAAUACAUGUAUAAUGGUCGUUAUUACUUUGUAACUUUCUGUUACUUUUAAAAGAUUGCUAAGAAUUGUGCCUAAAGAUUUUAUAAAACCUUUUCUACCUCUUGCGAAGUGGCUUUCUCCCCGGUUAUAUACUUUGUGUAUUGGAGUUCUUCUGUGUCACAGCUAAAAUGUGGGAAUUUUUUUAAGACUUCAGUAUUCUAGCUUACAACAUUACAGCAGAAUACUUCAGUAACUACUGCAUUAUUCGGUAGUUACUAAGUUAUCUUAGAUUUGUUUUAUUUCCAAGUGUUCUCUCUGGAGUGCUGUUCUUCAUAGAAUAUGGUCUUCAAACAUAGGAUAAACAGGUGAAAUGUUUUAUGGAGAUAAAAAGUGCAGCAGAAAGGCUACUGAAUAGAUAAGUAUUUGUUGGAAGCUCUCUGAAGUCUUCAUAUAACUCUAUAACCCUGUUUCCCUAAGUAAAAACAAAUCAUGUUAAACAGUAUAGCUUCAUCUGUACAGCAAUACUGCUAAGGUUAAAAGCUAACAAAGCUGUUUCUAAAUGCAAUUUAUUUUUCUUAAUAUAGAGCAGUAAAUGGCUUGCAUGUGAAUAGGGAAGUGAUUGGAAAAACUGUUAUGUAGAUUGUCUACCAUAGUUCUUCAUUUUAAGUGACUAAUGAAACUGGUACCGCUUUUGAUGUGAAACCUAAAAUGCAAGUAAGGAAAAAAAAUAUCAGUAGAAGAGGAGGUCUGGACUGUAACUGGUAGACGAGAGAUUUCAUGAAAGUUCCAGUUUUAUCUCUCUCUUGUCCACUUGAGCAAGCAGUCUAGUGGACAAACUAUAUACUUGUACAGCCUUCACAGAAAAUUUGAAAUGUGCUGGUUACAGUAAAUGCUCUGUAUAGUUUAUGUGCAGUCACUGUCUCCUGGAUUAAAUGCAGUAUGUACGUUCUCUGUGUAUUCUCUUGUUUAUGAAAGAGCUGCUCAGCUCCAGUACCAGUAGAACUGACUUGAGAAUGAACACUGAUUAUGAAUAACGUAUGCUCAGAGGCAGUCAUUUGUGAUUGUUAGUUGUGUAUGAGUGCAACAGUUUUUUUGUUCAUAUACAGUAUCACAUUCAUGAAAUGCAAAUCUCGAAUUCAGCUUUACGUCUCUUGGAAAUCUGGUUAAAUGAGCUUUCUUACAGCUAAUCUUUCAUGUUUUUUGCCAUUCUGAAUGUAAAAUGAGGUUUGGAAAAAUAAAUGAAUUUCAAAA